UUCGUCGUUGACGUAGUAGGUAGUCGCUUCAGUCCGGCCGCUCCGCCUGUGUUUGGUGUUAAGUGGCUCGCGAACACGCUCCGAAAGUGAUCGUACUACGUGUGCUCCGUUUCUGACGGGGAAACGCCAGAAUGGCCACAGUAUGCUGCCGCGCUCUCUACGUCGUCAAAUGGUACGAGGUGUCCCGCGUGCUGAGUGUUUCCUCCACCCUCACAACGAAAAACUACCGGAACGAAACAUGGUGCAAGAGGUGGUGGCACAUGUCUCAAAGAAACUUAUCCCUGACGACGAGCUUCCUUGCUCCGAGCUUGAGUCCUAUUCUGGCGAUGGGAAUGGAGGAUCCGAAAGCGAAAGAAAAGAAGACGAGAUUAACGAAAGACGAUAAGGCUGAGAAGAGCGCGGUUCCCGAAUGCGCCGAGGGUGCUGCAGAUGUGACCGUGAUAUAUCAUCGAGGAUUACCGAGGAUCACGGUACCCUUGCCAUCGAGAAGAGAGCACUGCGUGUUUACCCUGAAACCAAUCACCCACACGGUCGGCGAUUUCCUUCACAUGCUGAAGAGAGAAGACCGUGGCAUCGAUAGAGCCUCGGUGACAACCGUCGAUGGAAUCAGGAUAGGUUCGAAUAACACGAUAGAAUCAUUGAUGGAGGACGAUUUUCGAUUGAUCAUAAACGACAUGGAGUAUCUUGUCGCGCCACCGUUACAUCACGAACAACCAAUGGAGAAUAUUCAGAAGUUAUCAGACGUCCAGACUUUAGUUUGCCAACUAUACGAAGCAUUUCACGUUCGAGAGCGAUACGCUGACAUGGAAAAACAAGUGUUGGCCGAGCUGGAGACCGUCAGAUUAGAACUAGAGCCUCUGGAACAGAAGCUGCAAGAAUUGGAGAACACCGCGAUUAGGAGGGCGGAAAUUUUCAUCUGGGUAUGUCUCGUUCUGAUGUCGGUUCAGUUUAGCGGUUUGGCCAGGCUAACCUGGUGGGAAUACUCCUGGGACAUAAUGGAACCAGUUACGUAUUUCGUGACUUAUGGCACCACAAUGGCCUGGUUCAUCUACUUCGUCGUAACGAAAGAGGAAUACAUGCUACCAGACGUGCUGAGUAGACGACAACUAAUCACGCUUCACAAAAGGGCGAAGAAAAUGGGUAUCGAUCUGAAUCAAUACAACCUCUUGAAGGACCGUGCAUAUGAGCUGGAAACCACCCUAAAAAUCAUCCGCGGACCCUUGUACGAACAUCAGAAGAAAAUGGAGCAGAAGAAGAGGGAGAAGUCGAAGUCGAGCUCGAGCUCAAGUAGUUCAAGAUCGCCGAGUUCCUCACCUAGCCCUAGUCCCAGUCCCGAAAGAACUCUUCCCAAAAAGGGUAUCUUCGAACAGAAAGACCGGAAGAAACCGGCUCCUGAGGAGAACCGAUUCAGCUUGCUGUGGAUGGACAAAGACUCGAGGGGCUAUUGAUCCUAAAAAUAAUCACUGUUGGAAACUUUUAAAGGGAUUUCUUGAUGAGAAAAAAAGAACUGCACUCAGGACUUGUAACGCGAAGGGGGGAGAGUGAAGCUGUGAAUCCUCGACGGAGUCUUCCAAGUCGUAUGACGACGCUCCUAAUCAACGAGUACGUGUACAUUAUGCCUGCCCGAUGCUCAAUCUUGUUGACUUCGUUUGGAAGACGUCGAAGAAGAGAAGAGAUGUACAUAGGUAUUACACCAUUUUCUACGUAUGAUUAUAUCAUUGUCUACCCAAAGGAGAGAAGGAGAGAGAGAAAGAGGGAGAAAGAAAGUGUCGAAGGAUUGAGUCGAUGUCUGGGAUAACUAACCGGAGACAGGACAUUUAAUUAUCUCUCCCGACGGAGCAAGGUAAUCUUGUCUCUUUAUCUAACGAAGUUCCGGGAUACUAAAGAAAGGAUAAUUAAACGCUCUACUUCUAGUGAGUUAUCCUUACUCUUGCGUGUAUAUUGUACUGUUACACUUGUGAUAAGUUAAUAUUUUCUUAGUUAGAAUUCAAUUACCUCCGAAUUCGCACAAGUAGACGCGCGAUACAUUUUAAGACAAACGAACGCUCAAACAUUUUUAUUUAAAUAUUCACUUCUUCUCUCGUCGCGUGACAUUACUUCAUCUAAAUGACGAUAUUAGCAGUGUUGUUAAUGUAAAUACAUAGGUAUAUAAUUCCUUACUUUCUAUCGGAUCGAAAGAAAUUUUAUCAUACAGGACGUAAUAUAGUGUACUUAAGUUUUCAUUGACUGCUCUCAUACAUCGUUUCAAACGAUGAAAGACUCAAUACUAAUGCUGUUCAUGGAAUUGAUCAUUUUUAAUCAUUCAUUUUCGUAUACUCGUAUUUUAUUGAAAGACAAUUUUACAUGUUCAAUCGUUCUCAAGUGUUCUGUCAAAGAUUUUUAAACCGUUUCAAUCGCUUGUAAGAUUGCACGUUCGCUUAAAUGAAAUUUUAGCGUCCGACGACCACAAACUAUCCACUAAAUCUUUGCAAUACAAAAUUAAUGAAUUUCGUGCACCUGCCUAUAAGCACAAUGUAAAAAUUAAACUAAAGAGGUUCGCAUAUUACUAAUGUUACUAUGCUUUAGAUUAUCGUUCACGAAAGUAUCUUACCUAGGAUUAACAUAGAUUACUACUACUUCUAGAGUCUCUUUAAGAAACUUUCUCUUGCUUUCCUAAAAAUCCCUUAUCCGUCCGCUCGAAUAACUCAUCAUCCUAUUUAAUAAAAAUUUGAUUCGCAUUUUACAUUUACAACCAUUGUCACAUCGUUGAAUCUGUUCAAUCCAUUUUACGUUACAAAUAAUUAAUAGACAAUUUCGAGGUGUUAAAAGAAUUAACUAGUUAUAUGUUCAUUAUAUAAACUGGAAAAUGUAUGUCGACUAGUCAGCGACUAAACGUAGAGAAAACGCGUUUAUGAGAAAUACUAAUAAUUUACUAGGUCGCCAGCAAGUUAGAAUAAGACCAAUUUCAAAGCGUUAUUUUCCGGGCACAAGAGUAAUUGCAAAACGCAUAUUUCAUCCCGUUUAAAUACUGUUCGACAAUCGCUUCAGCGAAAGGAUCUAGUGCCAAUUGUUAUCUCUAUCAUUCGAGUUGAAAUCGUUGUAAAUUCGUUCGAGAUGGAAGGAUGUGUAAAGUGUCUCGAGGCAAGAUGAACCAUCGAGACACUCUGUACAUUUAAAACUGAUCGCUGCAGAGGGCUGUACGUGAUACUUGUAACUAUAAAUGUUAGCUUCCAGGAACGAAUUUCUUGUCCUCGCUAAAGCUAUUCCUUCUAACAUAUUUUUUACGAUCUUUAGGAAACGAUUUCGUAUACAAGUUUUUGUACAUAUGAAAGAUAUAUCCUAUACACUAAUGUACAUGUAUGAUUAUUUUGUGAACGUUCUCAUUGUGCCGUUCCCUCGGAGCUUACACAAAAGAAACGCCUAACUGAAUCAUGAGUGAUGAUAGUUUGAAGUUAUACGUGUUUCCAGGCCGAUUUGUGUAAUUCCUUUCAACACACGGUAUUAGAUCGAUUAAACGAAACACAAAAGUAAGUACUUACACUUGUUCCCAAUUUUCAACUACGUAGUGUAAUGCGUAGAAUUAUCCUACAUCGAGAAUCUCGUUACUAACAUCUCAAAGACUUUUUCGUCUCUUACAUUGAUUAAUUAGCGGUCUUAAACAUUUUACAAUUACAAACGCGUUCUUUUGACACGAAUUCUCUUCAAGCUGAUUGCGAGUAAUUACUAGCUGUAGAUUCUAAGCUGUCGAUGUUUCGAAUCUCAAUUGACUUCAUGUAACAUAGGUAUGUUUAGUUGGGAGUUCAGCUGCAUCGAAAAUUGUCACGUUAAUUGUGAAUCUUGUAUAUAUAAAGAACAAAUCCCUACGAAUGCAUAAAAGUAUUUAUACGAUGUUCAGUUGUGCUGUGAUUUACGUCCAUGUAUAUCUAGUUAUACAUAAGACAGGAUGAUUGAAAAUAAACUACAAUAUUUAAGAAAUACAA